AUGAUCAAGACCUUUGAUCCCAGUAAAGUCGGACAUAGUCAAGAUGCACAGGGAUUAACCCACAGACGGCUACAUAUCACCAAAGUACAGAGGAUUGAAAAUCCAGAAUUGUAUCAUCGCUACGCAGGACGCAGAUAUGGGUUUUGUAUGGAAGCUGUAAGAGGAGAAAUCAAAGCUCUUCACAAAUUAAGGAGUAUGCGAAUCAGACAAGUUGAAACACAGAGGGUCGUACAAACACUUCCAAAUUUAUCAAGGAAGUAUGAUCUAGUGGAAGAGAUCAAUGAAUGCUACCUGUUCCAUGGCACCAAGGCAGAAGCAGUGGAGGGAAUGUUAAUGUCAGGCCCCACUGAGAAACUGGGUCAAGACACAGGCAUGUUUGGCAGAGGAAUUUACUGUGCUGAGGAAUCUACCAAGGCGGAUCAGUAUUCAGAUCCAAAAAAUGCACGUCAGACACAGAAUUUACAGAUGAUUAUAAUGCGAGUACUGCUGGGGAAAGUUUUUCACUGCACCGCCAUUAAGAAGUAUUACAAGCCUCCAUGUAUGGAACCAAAUUGUGGAAGGGCUGAUAUUUGUACAAAGCAUCCUCAGUAUGACACUAUUUGCGGAGAUGUUGAGAAGCUAUUCAGGGAGUUUGUAAUCUAUGACCAGUGGCAAUGUUACCCAGAAUUCCUUGUCACAUAUGACCGCACAUAAUACAUAUAACCGCGAUUUCCAUUCGAUUUUAUUCUACAUUCCUUAUGUUAU